AUGUCUAAAGAGGAUUCGUCUGAAGAAUCGAUUUGCAAUAUAGGAGAGGAAGCGGCAAAUCGAACCGCAGAGAGUACGCCUGUGAAAGGAUAUGAAAAUCCAAGCCUCCAAGAUCCUUCUUAUUUCAAAUGCCGGUGGAAGGAGUACCUUUUCAUCUUUUCAUCUAUGGUUUCCCAACUAUUAAAUCAAGCAGCCAGUACACAGACUAAUCCACUGUUUAAUGUUCUUUCUGACGACUUCAACUCUUCUACUGCCGAGCAGACAUGGCUCAUGGCCUCUUUUGCCCUCGUAUCAGGAUCUUUCAUUCUUGUUAGUGGAAAGUUUGGAGAUAUUUACGGAUUAAAGAAGAGUCUUCUCGGUGGUUAUGCUGUGAUUAUCAUUUGGUCGCUUAUUUGCGGCUUCACUACUUAUGCACACAGUGUUAAUUUCUUCAUUGUCGCUAGAGCAUUCCAAGGUCUUGGUAUUGCAUUCAUUGUACCCAAUAUUAUGGGCAUAGUCGGUAAUGUUUACGUACCAGGGUCUAAGAGAAAGAAUAUGGUAAUUAGUUUGAUCGGUUCAUGCGCGCCUAUUGGUGCAACUCUCGGCGUUGUUUUCUCGGGUCUGAUCGCUACAAAAAGCACUAAUUGGGCUUGGACAUUUUAUGCAUAUGCUAUUGUUGCGGCCAUAAACGCAUGCAUUGCGUAUUGGAUAAUUCCAAACAGUAUUCCUACCAAUGUCCAUAAUUUCUCAAUGGACUGGAUAGGUUCUGCGAUAGGUGUAACAGGGCUGAUUUUGUUCAACUUUGUUUGGAACCAAGGACCAAUCGUUGGCUGGGGCAAGGCCUACGUCAUUGUCCUUCUUAUUGUAUCGGUCAUUAUCCUAGUUACCUUUUUCGUUUACGAGGCUAAAUACGCCAAGGAGCCAUUACUUCCCCAUGCUGCUCUCUUCAAUCGUCAUCUGCUGAUGAUCCUGCUUUCGAUUUUCUUUGGGUGGGGGUCCUUCGGAAUAUGGACAUUCUACUACAUGUCAUUUGUACUCAAUCUCAGACAUUACACUCCGUUAUGGGCAGGUGGAACGUACUUCACAUUUGCAAUUUUUGGCAUCAUUGCGGCAUUAUUUGUUGGCUUCAGCAUACACAAGGUACACCCGUCCAUAAUCCUUCUUCUAUCCAUGUUGGCUUUUGACAGCGGUUGCAUCAUGCUUUCAGUGACUCCAGUGCACCAGACUUAUUUCCGCAUGAUUCUUGGUAUGCAGGUCAUUUUAAGUUUUGGUAUGGAUCUCUCAUUUCCCGCAGCGUCGAUCAUUUUAAGCGACAAGCUGCCUCCCCAGCAUCAAGGUAUGGCCGGUUCGCUAGUCAGUACUAUGGUGAGUUAUUCCAUGUCGCUGUGCCUAGGUAUUGGGGGAACGGUCGAACACCAAAUAAACAAGACAGGUGAAGACCUACUUAAGGGCUAUAGAGCAGCACUAUAUCUUGGUAUAGGACUUGCUUCACUUGGCGCUGCCAUUAGUUUUGCCUUCAUGGUAGAAAAUCUCUAUCUCAUCCGGAAGACCAAACUUGAACAACAAAAAGACGUUGAGUCAAAAUCUCACAUCUAA